AUGCGACGCGGUGUCCUCAUUUUCCUCAUCGCCAAUUUAAUCAUUGUCACAUUCCUCGUUCGCAGCGUCUUCACCCUGUUGUCCUUGUUGGUGGAAGAUGCUUCCGCCGACGCAAUUCACCGCGCCGAGCUUCCCUCGCCCAACUCUAGCCUGAUCGAACAACGGCCACAGAUCAUUCCCAAGAUCAUCCACCAAACAUACAAGAACGAAACGAUCCCCGAAGUGUGGAGGGAGGCCCAGCAGAGCUGCAUUAAUUUGCACCCUGACUACGAAUACAUUCUUUGGACCAACGAGAAGUCGCGCGACUUCAUCGCAAGCGAGUAUCCGUGGUUCCUCGAGACGUUCGACGGCUACAAGUACCCCAUUCAGCGCGCAGACUCCAUCCGCUACUUCGUUCUGGCGCAUUAUGGCGGUACCUACAUUGACCUUGACGAUGGCUGCAACCGUCGGUUAGACCCUCUCCUUGCCUACCCUGCCUGGGUCCGCCGCACUGUUCCCACGGGUAUCUCCAACGAUGCUAUGGGAUCUGUCCCACAGCAUCCAUUUUUCCUUCGAACGAUUGAGCUCCUGCAAUCCUAUGACCGCCAUUGGCUGCUUCCUUACAUCACGGUUAUGUACUCGACUGGUCCGCUCUUUUUAUCGGUGAUUUGGAAGGAGUACAUGCAGACCAACCCAAGCGAGUCGGGACGGGUGCGCAUCCUCAUGCGGGACGAAUACAACAAGUACUCGUGGAGCUUCUUCACGCACCAUGUGGGCAACAGCUGGCACGGCAAGGAUGCCCGGUUGAUCUUCUGGAUGGGUCAACAUUGGAUGUUCCUCACAGUAUGCGGGUUCUUCCUGGCUGCCGUGGUCGGAUUCGGCCUCUGGUGGCUUUAUGCGCGCCUGAUGCUGUUGGGCUCCAAGUACCGUUACCGCUACUCGAAGAUUCCUUCCCUCGUUUCGAGUUCUCGUCUGUCUUCGCCGACGAGGAUGUCACGGCGUAUGAUGCCCACCAUUCUUCGUCGCGUCAGUUUCAAGGAAGACGAGGAAGCCGGUGGCGUUACGGAAACCUCCUACGAGCUCUAUAGCCGACGUGAUUAA